AUAAUCAAGGACGUAGAAUCGUUGGAUAUAAAAUAAUUGAUAGAUUAUUUAAUCAUUUUGAUAAAUCUUCUUCUGGUGGAAUUACUCUUCAAGAUGUUGUUACAGGACUUGGGGAAAUUAAAUUUGGUGAUAUGAUGUCUCGAAUAAAGCUUUUUUUCAAUUUACAUGAUGGUGAUCAAGAUGGUUAUUUAUUAAAAGAAGAAAUUUUACAAUUAUCCGAAAGUCUUUUAUUUAUCUUUCGUUUUAGACAAGAUGAUGGUCAUCUUAGUUCGGUUUCAAAUUUUAUCAAGAAUGCUUUUGAAUAUAGUGAUCUUUCAAUUGAACAAAAAGAUUUAAAAGAAAAAGUUGAAAGUGUUAUAGAUGCAAAACGUAAAAGUCAAGAAGAUGGUGAACGUAGAAUGUCUUUUCCUUCUUUUCGUAUGGUUAUUUUAGCUGAUGCUUAUCUUGAAACCUUUUUUGAUGUGGAUUUUGCUUCAACUUUCCAAUUCGUUGAACCACCGGAUGAAAGACAAAAAGGUUUAGGACGUGAAAUAUUUAAUGCUCUUAUGACUGAUGGAAUGAAAUUAGCUAAUAGUUUUGGCAAAAGAUUAAAUAACCGUCGUAAAUUACAAAGUACUUCUUCAACUGAACGUAAAAAAUCUCAAAGUUCUAAUAGUACAUCAAGUGUUCAAAAAUCAAAACGACCAAGUAGUGCUUCUACUAAAUCUGAUACUUCCGAGGGUACAACUUUAUCUCCACAAGAUGAAUCUAUAGAAUCAUUUGUUUCUAUAGAUUCUAGUGAUGUACCACAAAAUGCUUCCAAUUCUUCAGAUGAAGAAGACGAUGGGCUUUUACAAGAAGUUGAUAGACUUUUAAGUGAAUAUA